UGAUGAGUCGAAAUCAAUCACCAAGGAGAUUUUAAAAUGUGUUAGAUAAAUGGCAUUAUAGUAAAUGUUCAGAAAUCAAGAUACAUUUCUUUAUGAAGAAUCUCUAUAUGGGGAAUUAAACAGAGGAUCAAUUUCUUAAUUUUGUAAAAGAUAGAGUAUAGAAGGCGGUAAUAUGAUUAUGAUGAAUAGGGUCCUUGCGAAGUGAUUUAAAUAACAGAUAAGAAUUAGAAUGAAAGGACUAUUGAUAUAGCCAUAGGAAUGCGAUAUGAUAAUGAUGCCAAAUUGAUAUAUAUAGGAAAGAAACAUAUCAAUUUACUAUCAAAACAUUAAAGUGAAAAGAAGAUCAUUCCAUAAUUCAGUGAUGUAUUUUUAAUGAUGCUAAGGGUAUUCAAUUACAUUUAUUGGGAUUUUAGGAAAAGGGAGAAGUUGAUAAAUCAGCAUUAGAAGAGAAAUUAAGAUAGUAGAGAUUUGGAGAUAAGAAGAGAGAUAGAUCAAGUAGUCAAGAAUCAUCAAAAUCAGAAAGUCCAGAGAAGAAGAAGAAAGAGAAUGCAAUAGUCUUAAAUUUAUAAGUGAUUCCAUAAUAGAAGACAAUUACUGCUCCUAUAGUUGAUAUCUAACCUGUAUAAUUAACAAGUAAUGAAUUAAUUGAUAUAUUAUUAGUUCCCAAGGAAACUAUUUAUAUCUUUGGGAUUCCAUUAGAAUUUAAUUUAUAAGAUUGUUUAAUUGAUAUUAAAAAUAGAUUGAAAUUAUAGUAAUUACCAGAUGGAACAUUUAAAAGUGAACAAUAGUAAGAUCAUAUUUUUGAAUAUUUGGAAGUGCAAUUGGAAAUGUUGUAAAAGAAUGUGUAAUUAAAAAUUAAGAAUGUGCCAUGUUUAAUAUGCUAGAAGAAAAAGAAGACUGAUUCCUUUUCAGAUGUACUCAAAUAAUAUUAAUUAUUCAUUAAAACACAACAUCCAAUAAAUACAAACAAAUUAUUGAGUAUCUUCCAAUAAUAUGGUGAUAUCAUUGGAUUAUAUGAAUUAUUAGUUAAGUAAGUUAAUUUCAUCUAUUUUAUAGUCAAGAAGAAACCUCUAAUUCUUAUUGCAUAGUAUAUACAUCUGAUCAAUUUAUUAAACAAUUGAAACCUCCUGGAUAAAUUGAGAUUCCUGAAGAAAAGACAAUUUGUGAAUUUAGAAUACCUGAUUAAAAUGUAGUUUCAUUUCAACGAAUUCCCUAUAAAAGUACUUUACAUGCUUAAAUCACAAGAGAUUCUAGUAGUUCAAGUAGUAGUAGUUCAUCAUCAUCAGUAAUCUAUUUAUUAUAAUUAAUAAUAGUCUUCACGGAGCAGAAGUGAUAGUAAUCCAAGAAAAAAAAAAUAAUACAGUAUAUAUCUAUUAUUAUAUAUAUAAUUUUAGAUAAAAAUAAUUAUAACAACAAUCGAAAAAGAUAAAACUAUAGGAGAAACAAUAAUUAUUAUGAUAAUUGAG